AUGGUGCUCCUCACAAUGACACCCUCCAUUGUGGAGGCGAUACGGAAGAGGGACGGUGGAACACCUCAAAACAAGCCAGCCGUCGAGGGCGACGGGCCACCGCUUGAUGAACCAGCAGCUGGCAAGCCCAUCUCUCAUGGACAGAUUGUCGAGCUGUGGAAGGAUCUGAGGGAUGCCGAUGGGCUCAGGUUCAGCCUCGAGCUUCUUCUACGGGGCUCGAGGGUGUAUAACCCACCACCGCCUCCCAAGCCAGAACAGACUCCCGAGUACAAAGCCCUUAUGGCCCGCCUCCGCCGCGAAGAAGAAGAGCGCAAAUACCAGCGCAUGGUCAAUAACCCCUACACGGGCAUGCCCUCGUUCAACCCCAAUCCGUCCUACACCUCUUCCCUCGCCCAGUCCUUCGCCGAGGUCAACCGGCCCCUGAACAAAGCCGACGAGGGCGAUGACGACGUUACCUUCAACGAGGUCCACCGACAGGUUGUGCUGGUGAUCAACUUCCUGGUGACCAUCUUUGGCUGCGCCGCGACGCUGUGGGUCCUGGGACGUUGGUGGAGUACGCCGGCCAGACUAUUUCUGACCCUAGGCGGGAGUAUUGUUGUGGCGAUCGCGGAGGUUGGUGUAUAUUAUGGAUAUAUAUGGCAUCUAGGCGAGGCCAAGAAGAAGGAGGGGAAGGUGAAGGAAGUGAAAGAAGUGUUGGAGACUUGGGUGGUCGGAAAGGAGGAAGAACCCAAAGAUAUGCAGAGGGGGCCAAGGUGA